GUAGCCCGGAAGAUGGCGGCGGCGGCGGCGGCGGCCGGAGGGGCCGUGUGAGCGGAGCGGGGACGCCUAUGCCGCGUGGGCCGCGCCGCGCAGGCGGGGAGCAGCGGCUGCAGCAGGAGCUCCGCGGAGACGCUGAGAGCCUCGAGCCCCUCAUUGGGCGCCGAGCCGCGGCCCGGCGGCGGAGGACAUGAGGCGGCGCGGGGGGCUCGUCCCGGCGGGCGGGCGGCGGGGGGGCGGCCCGGCCGGGCUGGCCGUGCUGCUGUCGCUGCUCCUGGGGAGCGGCCGGGCGGCUCCGCUUCCGCUGGCGGCAGCAGGACAAGGAGCAGCAGCUGAAGUUUCCUCAUCUUUUGCCAUUCUGUCUGUCUGUGCACUGGUAGUACUGGUGGUACUGCUUGCAAACUGCGUCUCCUGCUGCAAAGACCCAGAGAUAGAUUUCAAGGAAUUUGAAGAUAACUUUGAUGAUGAAAUAGAUUUCACGCCCCCAGCAGAAGAUACUCCGUCCGUUCAGUCUCCAGCAGAAGUUUUUACUCUUUCAGUUCCCAGUAUUGCUUUACCAACUCCAUCCCAGUUUCCAUCUCAUGCAGAUGGAUCAAAGUCUCAAGUUGCACGUCAGAGUCUAAACUACAUCCAGGAAAUUGGAAAUGGCUGGUUUGGAAAGGUUCUGCUUGGAGAAAUCUAUACUGGCACUAGUGUGGCACGAGUGAUAGUGAAGGAGUUGAAGGCAAGUGCAGGUCUCAAGGAGCAGGAACAGUUUUUAAGAAGUGGCGAACCAUACUACAUUCUUCAGCAUCCGAAUGUUCUCCAGUGUAUUGGGCAAUGUGUGGAAGCCAUUCCUUAUCUCCUAGUCUUUGAGUUCUGUGACUUGGGUGACCUGAAAACUUAUAUCUGCAAUGAGCAGGACCACGUCAGAGGAGAUUCACAAAUAAUGCUGCUACAGAGAAUGGCAUGUGAGAUUGCUGCUGGACUUGCUGUAAUGCAUAAGCAUAAUUUUGUGCAUAGUGACUUGGCCCUACGAAAUUGCUUUCUUACUUCUGAUUUAAAUGUCAAAGUUGGAGAUUAUGGUAUAGGAUUCAGUAGGUUCAAGGAAGAUUAUAUUGAGACAGAUGAGAAGAAACUUGUUCCUCUGCGAUGGAUUGCACCGGAGUUAGUAACGAGUUUUCAAGACAAACUGCUAUCGGCAGAGCAAAAUAAAUACAGUAACAUAUGGUCCCUGGGUGUAACGUUAUGGGAGCUGUUUGAGAAUGCUGCUCAGCCUUACUCAGACUUCUCCGACAGGGAGGUCUUAACCCACGUCAUAAAGGAGAAGCAGGUUAAACUUUUUAAGCCACAUCUGGAGCAGCCAUACUCUGACAGAUGGUAUGAAGUUCUGCAAUUCUGCUGGCUACCUCCAGAGAAGAGACCAACAGCAGAAGAAGUGCAUAGGCUUCUAACCUACCUUCGCAUGCAAAGCCAAAGGGACUCAGAGAUUGAUUUUGAACAGCAGUGGAACGCUCUUAAACCAAACACCUCAAACAGAGAAACAAAUAAUUCUGCAUUUCCAAUCUUAGAUCACUUUGCAGGAGAUAGACUUGGCCAUGAAAUGGAGGAAGUUCUUACUGUAACUGAAACAAGCCAGGGUCUCAGCUUUGAAUAUAUCUGGGAGGCAGCUAAACACGAUCACUUUGAUGAGUGUGGUCAUGUGAAUCCCGAUGAAGCAAUGACAUACACAAGUAUUUUCUUUCCAGUGGAGGUUUUUGAGAGGUCUCUUUCGGAGCAAGGGCCAGGAGCACAGGAUGGAAGUGGUCAGGAAGCAUCACUUGCUGUUCCUGGGGUGUUACCUGUGUUUGAUGCGCACAAACUUUCAGUUGGAAAUGACUACUAUAUCCAGCUAGAGGAAAAAGGCAGUGGCUGCAGCAUGAAUUUCGAUAACCAAUCAGUUGUGCUGACUACAGAAGUUGAUCAAGAAGCUGUACAAGAAAAAAGUUCUCAUUUCAUGGUUCUCAGGGAUCUUGAUGUUGAAGAAUCUAGCACUGAUGGGGACUUCUUCCACUACAAUACAGAUCCCAAGGAGGAAUUUUUGCCUGCUACUAGUAGUAGUCCAGAAAGUCCUUUCCAAAGUAUAUUUAAUGACAUUGACAGAUCAGAAGAAUUAACAAAUAGGAAAAUACUUGGUUUUGCUGAAACAAAUGAUAUUCCUAAAGACUUUAAACCAACUGUUUUAAACUCAAACAUGGAUGUUACAAAUGUCACAGGUUUUGGUGAGAAAGAGCAUUCUGGUCAUACUUCUGCAAACAAAACAGUUUCCCUGUAUGAAAACACCUCUAACCAGUCUGAGCUGGUAACUUUAGAGGAACUUUCUGAUAACUUCUUGUUUCUUCAAGAGAAAAACCUAUUAACAGGGAUAAUGUCUAAUAAAACCAGCAGUGAUCUGGGGCAAAAUACAGAAGCUGUUCUAAAAAGUGUAUUAGAAGCCUCAAGUAGGAGCUCUGUAGAGCCUGAGCCUGUAUUGGCUGAAAACGUGCAGGUCUUUUCUUUAAUACAUGAAAAACCUGGAACUGUGAAAGAUGAAAACUUUAACCCAGUAACAGUGGAUAAAGAUAUGAAUUCUUGGUCUCAGACUGCUGUAGAGAUAGAGGUUUCCUCUAGUCCACCUGCAGCAUAUAAGUUGCACGAUAAAGAUAUGAAUCUUCCUUAUUUGAAGGAUGAGGGGAAACUUUCAGAUGUGGAAGUCAACCAAGCCUUGUUCUGUAACACUGAUACUUUGUUUCAGGAGCUGUCCAAUAAUGCAAAAAAUAAUAAUGUUGGAAUCAAUUCAUAUUACAGCACUGCUGCUGAAGCAGAACAGAGUGAUGUACAAAUAAAACAGGGAGUAUUUUCCGAGUCUGAUGAAAUAGAUGAAAUUACUUUUAAUAGGGAAAAACAUGGUCAAGAAGAUACGGAAAGAAACCUGCAGUGUAAGUCUCCUGUAUUUAAGAAAGAUGAAGAUUUGUUAGAGGAAAGACAAGAAACAUCAAAUAAUUGUGAGAACUGUAAGGAUGUUCUGGAGGAGGUGACCUUAAUUUCUGUUGGUGCUUCAGACUGUGCAAGUCAGGACAGUCUUUUGGAAGAUAGCCCAUCUCCUAGAGAAACUGCAGAGCAAGUCUUAGAGACGCCUGAUUCUUUGGAUUCUUUAGAUGUGAUUGAAGUUUUAGAAUCUUUACAGGCUCAAAGUCCUCAAAAACUUUUGCCUCCUGAUAAGCCAGCUGACAGCGGCUAUGAAACAGAGAAUCUGGAGUCUCCAGAAUGGACUUCCCAUGUUACAGUUGAGGAUGCUUCUAGUGGGGAUACCGCUCACUGCAGUGCCAGUGAGAGCAGUGUCAACAAUCGGCCUUCUAAUCCAGUUAUAAUUGUUUCAGAAGCAGCACCUUGCUUAGAUGCAGUAAACAGCAACUUUGAAAUAACCCCGCUAUCAAAUCAAAAUUCAUACAGAGACUCUGCCUAUUUCUCUGAUAAUGAUUCCGAGCCAGAUAAAAAAACAGAAGAGACUGUAAAUCUAUCAAGGGAGACUCUGUGUGGUGCUUCUUCAAAUAGAGGAGAGAAUAAUAGUGAGAAGGAUUACUGUUUGGGAGAGAGACUGCAAAAGCAUCAUCUAAGGAAUUAUCAGGAUACCAGUAUUCAGAAUACAAAGCCGGAUCUGAAUCAUAAGGUAGAGAUGCAAGAGCUGGAUGUAGGGGAGCAGGGGUGUCCUGAGGAGUGGACCGAGGCAACUCUGAAUUCCCUGGAGAUAUCAAUGGAAGCUAAUGUGAGGGAUGAAAUAAAACUCUCUGAGACUUGCCAUAAAAGUGUCUCUUGUGUUGGCACGAACACUUCAGAACUUCUCUCACACAGAGACUUUAAGUCUGUGCAUAACAUACACAGUUCUUUAGAUUUGGAUGAUAGUGAGAAGCCCUUCUACCAUAAUGAAGGACAAAAGCUGAAAGAGCCAGAUAUUGAAGGAAAAUACCUCGGCAAGCUUGAUGUUUCUGGAAUGCUUGAUUUAGAAGAUGGUGAUGAUGCAGAUGAGGAAGAUGAAAACAGUGAUUCUGAGGAUGACAUGAGGACUUUUCAUAUGCACAGCCUGAGUUCUGACAGUGAGGAUGAAAGUGUUCACCAGGUUCCUGAGAUUCUUACUGACAAGGACGAUGGAAAACAUCUGAGAAGUUUACUGAAACUUCCAAAGCCUCUUCAUGAAAGGGAACCUGAGCACUGGAAAAACGAGAAGAAGGCUGUAACGUUCUUUGAUGAUGUCACGGUCUAUUUGUUUGAUCAGGAAACACCAACUAAGGAAUUGGGAAACCGUGUGGCAGACUUGAAUGGCGAAGGCUCUCACAGCACUCCUGCUCCAUCCUCGGGUUUUAGUUACUUCAACAGAUUUACGAAUUCAGAAAGCUCAACAGACGAAGAAGGUGGCGGUUUUGAAUGGGAUGAUGACUUCUCCUCCCCAGAGCCAUCCUUUAUAUCAAAGGCAGCUGAUAGCCUUAUUAGCUCUAAACCACCUCUUCAGUCAAAGUACUUCUCUCCACCUCCUCCCACCCGGACUCUUGAACAGAACUGGUCACAUUCAUCCCCUUACUCCAGAUUCUCUAUUUCCCCUGCAAACAUGGCAAGCUUUUCCCUUACACAUCUUACAGAUUCUGAUAUAGAGCAAGGAGGAAGCAGUGAAGAUGGAGAGAAAGAUUAAAUGAAUUAAAAACUUUCUGGGACUUCGUACACAGGACACACAGACUGUGUCUGAAACUUGUUUGUGUGAACUCUGAUCUCCUGGAGCGACACAGGUAAUCAGGAAGUCCUAAGAAAUGGAAGCGAACACUGAAAGCAAUGUUAAAUCAGGACAUUAAUUUGAAUGUGUAUUUAACUUUGUAAUGUAUUUUUAAAUCAGUGCAAUUUUGCUUUUCAUUAUUGAAAGAUGAUUCUGCCGCUGUUUUCAAGUACUUGAAGUAUUUUUCAGAUAACUUAAGAAACAAGUUAGGCGAUUACACUACAGUCUGGUUUAUGUAUGAGGUUGUAUAAUAUUCUUUUUAUAUUUUUCCAUGUAGUUCAUGAUCUGUUUGAACAUACACCUGUUGUAGAAUUGUGUAUAACUGUCCUGUGCAACAGGUGGCCGUGUUGCUGAAACUGUAUGAAUGAUAGUUGAUCAGUAGUGAGCCAUAUUUAUUUAAAAGAUAUCACUACGUGUUACUUUGCUUAUUACAAUUGCACUAUGGAUUAUUCUUCCUCUAUUUGCUGAUGAUGUACAGAAUCAAGAUGUUAAAUCUUUCAAGGAAUAUAAGACAAGUUGAAUUGGCCCAGUUAACCAGUUUAAUUUGUCCUUUUUGUAGCCUUUGCUAUGCACGGUACUUGUAAAACGUACAUAACUUCUGAGUGUUACCUUAGAUUUGCUGAAAUCUUAUAUUCAGUACCAUUUCUAAACGAUGAUUAUAGAUUGUUAGUGUUCAUGUUUUAUAGGAAACUGGAAUAGUGUAUAUGGUAUACUCUGGAAUUUGUAGGUGAAAGAUAAUGUCUCAAUUCCUGAAUAUGAUCCUACUGACUGCUUGAACUGUAAUUCCAUCUGACUAUGUCAUACUUAAGGGCCUUCCAGUUGGUACUGCAACUUUCUGCCUUGGAGACAGAAGAAACAAAAUUGACUGUAUGAAACUGGAAAUUAUGGAUCUUCUAAAAAAGACUGUUUUAAACAGACUGGAUUUCAGGCAUGUUUGGCCCUUCAGUUGUACAUUCUUGAAUUUCGAAGCUCUCUUCUGCUGACUGCAGAAUGGGGCUGCCAUUCAGAGGCCUGUGGUAGAUCUACCUCUCAGUGAUGUUCCGACAAUUAAGAAUUACACUAAUGGUUAAUAGCCAAUUCUGCACCCUUUGUAAGGCCAGACUUACUGUAAGAUACCUGCAGGGCUCCCUGAUCCAUCUCGAAACAUGUACCCAAAGAUGUCGUAAAGUUUACUCUGAAGCUGUCCGUAGGGGAAGGAAUGCGGUGUGGUUCUUCAACCUUCAUGCUUUCCUGUGCAUUUAGUUAAAUUCUUUAAAUUGCUUGGGGGAAAAAUAGUCCUUAAUUACUAUUCUGAACUGAGGUAAUUUGAGAAACAAAUCCCUGGCCUCUUGGAAUGCAUUAUGCAGCUGCAGAUCUGUAGGAAACACUGACAGGAGCAGUUUACCUGGCUUUAAAUCACAUUGUAUUUUAGUGGGUUUUUUUGGGGUAGGGCUUCAGCAUAAAGUCAGUCCUCGUGCUCCAUGUUCAGAUCCGAUCACCUGAAAACUUUCACCCCACAUGAAGUACAGGAAGACUGCAUAUUUACAGCUCUGUAAAGUUAGUGUCUUAUACUUUUUAUGCAUCCUGAUAUUUUUUUUAGUGUGUUUUAAAUGGGAAGGAAUACGUUCAUUGCUGCUUUCCAGCAUUAUCUAGCCCUUAGCCAGACCGGCUUCCAUACCGACAGGAAGGGAUUAAUGGCAUUCUGUCAAGUUACUUAACAUUGCCAAUAUGUUGCUGAGAACUUCUUUGAUGGGGCACUGAGGCUCAGAGCUGGUGAGAACUGUGCUUCAGUGCGGAGUGAGGAACUGAAUUUCUCCAACAUUUCCCAAAACAUGGUUUAAGAGACAAAGCCAAGUAGUUCUUCAUACAUGCUUACAUUAUGCACUGUGGAGGGCUCAAGGAAGCUGUGAGCUACUUCUCAUGUGUUAAAAGAUAGAUAAUUGACUUUGUGCACAUGUUAUUGCUUAGAAAUUCCACAGUUUCAAUAUUAAACUCCCCAAUACGACUAGUUUAAGGUAUCGCAUCGAGGUUCAAUAAUUCUCACACUGUUCAGUGUGAAAAUUCAAAACUAAGUAUGAAACUCCAUAAGUGGUCUGCAGAUGGUGUGUGGUUUUAUCUGCCUCAGGAGGUGAACAACUACCUGUGUCAGACCUGGAGUUCAGCCUUAAUUUUGAAUUGCUUGACUUAGAAUAUAGUCCAGAGUUAAGUAAAAGCUCGUACUCCCAAACGUUAACAUCUGGUUGUGCGCUUUGGUCCUCACAAUUCUGGAAGCUCAGCUGUUUCUCACACAUGUGGCAUUCCAAAAGCGGUUUCCUUGGUUUGAUGGAAAUACAACUUUUAUUCUUUACCAGAGCUUAAAGAAAACCUUACAUAGGAAUCAAAGUUUACUCCUUUGUCCAAAUGGACUCAUUGCUGACAAAUGGCCAAAGGAGCAUGUGUUGCAGAGUGGGCUGGGCUAUGUCUGGUAUUGAGCUAAGCAGUGUCCUUUUCAGCUAUACAAAGAGGAGAGGAAUAUGCGAAGCUGACACAUCUAAGUUAACCCAGGGUUUAAGGUCAGUAAUCCAGAAGGUUAGAUGGCAAUAAUCUAUAAACAAAGCUGUAGUUGACAUCUGAUCAGAGUGCUCUGUUAGCAGCACUGAGCCACACCCACCUGGCCUGCAGCAGCACAACAAAGGUGAACGGGGAUUCCAGCAAAUUGUGCUUUAAUAAGGUCCUAAAACUGCAUGAGAUUUCUUGCAGUCACUGCCUGAGCAUGGUUCGGUUUUGGAAGUAUGUGUGUCUGUUUUCAGUGGUUUAAUAUGGAAACUGGUUAAAUUUUAGUUCCUUCUCUGGUACAAGGCUUUGACUAUCCGAAGGCGUUGUCUCAAUUUGGCUACUGAAGUUAUUUUAAAGACCUGAUUUUUCCCACCUCAGGAAAUUUGUUUUAAAAAAUAAAGAAAUAAAACCGAGGGUCGGUGGCAGGAAGUCAAGCAGGUGAGAAGUGUGUUCAGUCCUAAUGGAAACGCCUGUACUCUCCCAGCUCCCCUAUCUGCAGGUACGUGGCGUGUCCCGCUGAUGGUGGAAACUUCAUGGCAAUGAACGAGUUAAGUGUGUUUCAUAUCCUUGUUGAUGCACUAAUGAAAGCCAUUUAAGCCUCAUUCUUUUUAUCAGUAUUUUUAGCAGAUUUCUGUGUAGUACGCAGACCUUCCUUCACUGGGGGCUGGUUGGUGGAAGGACUUUUCCUGAUGAAGCACUGUGCUGCGACGUCGGCACUGUCAGGUGUUGGUGAAUGGCUAUUUGAGUUGGGGUUGGUGGAAUCAACAUUUAUUAGCCUUAUAAGAAAUAGCCUUAACUAAGAACGGAGUGUACAAAAUCACUUCAGCUUUAAGUCAUGCAGAAAUAUCCUUGUAUGUUAAUGGCUUUGGUACAAGACUAGAAGAAGCAUAGAGGGGAGUCGAACAUCAUGUAAACUUAUUGAGAAUGAGUGUUUGUAAAACCAGCAGCCUGUUUUUCAGAAACUUGAAUAUGACUUACAGUUUUGUUUAUGAAAUCGUUCGAACUUGCACAGUUGUAGGUGUAACUUAAAUGACAAAUGGUACUGAUGUGUGUGUAUAUAUGUUUAAUUCUAUUUGUAAAUGAGAAGCUAUGUAACAAAACCAUAGGUAUGAGGUUUUUCCUAUUGUAAUUUAAUACAGGUAUGAGGUUUAUGGCAAUAUAUCAUAGUUAAUGAAUUUCAGGUCAAAACGUCUUUAAAUUGUGUACAUUUUUAAAUUGUAAUUUCUACUGUAUAUUGAUUAUCAUGCAUAGUGUGAUUCAAUAAAUUGCUUGUAAUUUAAAAAUAUUUAAUAUUAAAAAUAAAAUAGUUAUAUAUUUAUAAUCUCUUUGUCUGUUUGUUCGUUCUUGAGCAGAUGCCAGUAAUGGGUCUGGUACACAGUGCAGCACAGCUGGCUGCUGUCAGUGUUAGCAUCCAGAGCCUGGGAAUGUUCCAAAGGUUUGAAGCAACAGUUCUAGGAGAUGAGCCUACAUGAAAUAAUACCACCCUUAAUUAUUUCCGUUAUUGCCCUUGUUAUUUCUGUUGAUAUAAUAUAAAGAAAUAAUCCUUAAUUAUUUCUGUUAUUGCCUUUCAGGUAACGUGUGCAUAUUGUCAGUAGAGAAGCAACAUUCCAGUUAGAAACAGUGUAAUUAAAUGCGUAUAUAUACUUAUUUAUUUUAAUGCUAGAAUUGAAUAUUUAUAGGCAGAAUUCAGAGUUACCUUUCAGAAAACAGGUGAAUGGUAUUGUUUUCUCACAAUGUUUUGUAUUUAUUUGUGGAAGAUGUGCUUCAGUCUAAAAGCAUGUGCUGAAUUGCCUUAAGAUCUGCAGAUAAAUGCAGUACUUACAUGUUUUGGUAGCUUCUUUCACAAGAGAUUCAGACUCUCAGCCCUGGCACUCCCUGAGGCAGGAGGAAAGAGUUGUCUUUCGUCCCUAUCUGUUGACUGUUGAGAUUGUGCAGACACACAGCAUUGUAAAGCAGUUAGUGGAAGCUGGUGUGAAAGCCCCUGCAUCCAUCUAACAGCUGCUGUGAGUCCUGGGAACAAGUGAAUUAUCAAGAUGGCUUAAGUAGCUAAAAUAUAACUAAUGGGCUAAAAUUUUACCAAGACUGAUCAUUAUUGAGAACAGAUGUGGAAGUUCCCAGGGCACUAUCUCUCUGUCUAAUGUACUGACUGAUGAUAUCAGCUCUUGCAAGCUUUUCCAGACGCAGCCUCCUUGUGGCACAGGUUGUGUGGUAACUUGCACAGCUUGUGGCAGGACAGAGAACUGGGAUGGCCUUUUCCAUCUGAGGACGUCCAGCUGCUGAAGUAAGUCUGGGAGCCAUCACUCCUGCAGGGACAACUUGUUUAUGCACUGAUCUGGGUCGUUUAGCUUCCAUCAGCCUGUGACAGUGCCUCCAUGUUGCUGUAGCACUGUUGGCCCUGUAGGCCCAGUUACCAGCCCAAACAGGGAGCCUUGAGCUCCCUGCUGACCGCCCACCACUUCUCCCUCCAUGGGAGGAAGCUGUGGCAGUGCUCCCUCGUGUGCCUGCAAGUGGCUCAUCUACCCAGACGCAGUGCAUGGUGUUGGAGUGCUGGCACAGGCUGAGGUUGCACACUGCUGGCAGCUGCUGCGCUGUGCCCCAGGGCCCGCCCACGCUGCUAAUGCGACGUGUCACAGGCAGCCAGCUCUGACAAGGUGGGCAGCGGGGCUGCUGCUCCUUCACUGCACCAGCGCCUGCUUAGCAGACUUACAACAGUGCAUCCCUGGGCUCUCCUCAGUGUGAGGGUCCCACAUCCCUCACAGGCUCCUCAUUCUGAGCUGUCCCUGUUGAUGGACCCCGGACCAGCCCUGAGGGCAGGUGGUGCCCGGGCUGCUCCCAUGGAUGCUGCUGCUGCUCCUGGCUUCUCACAGGUCUCUGCCAUGUCCCCCUUUGGGCUCUAGGUGCCUUCUCCACAGCUGAUGACAGCGCACAUGGAUGCUUAAUGCCAGCACAUCUACUGAAACAUGAAGGCCAAAGCCAAGGGGAAGAAGCAAAAGCAAACUGCUGAUAAAGAAACCUUUUCUGAGGAGUCUGCAAUGAGGAAAAAAGAACUGGGGAAAUGUGUGCGGCACACAGAGAGGAGGAGUGGGGGAAGCAGGGAGAGCAGCAAGAUUGCUGCAGCCAGAGCCAAGUGUCCUUGGAGCAGUAAGGACAGACACCUGCGGAGACUGGAGAGCAAUGAGCGGGAGAGGCAGAGGAUGCACAAACUCAACAAUGCGUUCCAGGCCCUGCGGGAGGUGAUCCCUCAUGUGAGAGCUGAAAAUAAACUGUCCAAAAUAGAGACUCUCACUCUGGCCAAGAAUUACAUUAAAUCGUUGACCUCCAUUAUACUCAAUAUGUCCAAUGGGCACUUUCCAGCUGCAGAAGGGUUGGGGGGGUCCUGGGGGCCCAAACUAUACCAAAAUUAUCAACAGCAAUGUGGGGAUGAUGAUCAUAAGAAACAUGGCUUCAGCAAAAAUACCUAGUUAGCUGCUGCCUUCAUUCCUCCUUCACAGUGCUGAGCUGCAGGGAAAAAUCAUCUUUUCUGCCCCCAUUUUUUUCUUAAAAUGACAGAGGUAACACUCGCGGCCGUAGCUUAUGCUGUGUAUAAAAAGCUAUCAGAAAUUACACGGAAAAUCCUCAAUCAAAUGUUGCAAAGCACCACAACUUUUGAAAACACUGUUGUUGUAAAUACCUACAGGGAUCUCUUAGAUUGUGAGCUCUCUCGAGUAAGGGCACAUUCUGGGCUGUUUGUGAAGGAUACAGCCUCGCUGUGCUUCUCUUUAAUGUAUUUUUGGGUUCCACUGUAAUGUGAUAUUAAAUGACGCACAAAUCA